AUGUCUGAAGAUGAUGAGAAAGUUAAACUCCGUCGAAUUGAACCUGCCAUUCAGAAAUUCAUUAAAGUGGCAAUUCCAACAGAUUUGGAAAGGUUAAGAAAACACCAAAUAAAUAUUGAGAAGUAUCAGAGAUGCAGGCUCUGGGACAGAUUGCAUGAAGAGCACAUUAAUGCAGGACGAACAGUUCAGCAACUCCGCUCCAAUAUGAGAGAGAUGGAGAAACUCUGUUUGCGAGUCCGGCAGGAAGACAUCCUGGUGCUGCAGAGAAUGAUAAAUCCCGUUAAAGAGGAAGCUUCACUUGCCAUAAAAGACUUCCUGCAGCUCCAUUCUCAAUCUGCAGAAGAACUUAAAAGGCAACUCGAAGGACAGGAGGAUGCCUCUUUAACCAGAUCUGCUACUGUAGGAGGAG